AGUUCACCCUCACGUUUCUCCGGGUCUGGAGUGCUGUGCGAGACUGCAUUAGCCGUUUGCUCUUCGCUUUUGCCAUCUUUCUGCUAACUUUCAGUGAAAGUGCUCCUCCUGCGAACAACCGAGAGAAACAGAGACCGCGGUCUCUGUUUGUGUGAACCAACCGCGGUUUGUGUGAACCAACAGAAGAUGACAACGAAAUGUGAGGUGGAAGAAGAAGCCGGAGUCGAGGUCCUGCUCUUGCUAGCCGGUGUGGACUGACUGACUGACUGACUGGCGGAGAGCAGCGAGUCGAAGCGUCGUCCGUUGGAAAGGAGCUCACGCACCUCAGAGAGAGAGAGAGAGAUAGAGAGAGAGAACUGCCUGAGCCGCCCGUUGCUAAGUAGGCUAGUUCAACCGUCUUCUUCUCGGCAGCCUACCUGGAAGAUCAGGUCUCCUCCUCUCGGUCCAGUCAUGUCUUUUGAAUGGCGAACCGUCAUGUUCGGAUUUGUGACCGUUCUGGCGGUGUUUCUGAUUCUGGCUGAUAUAUCUGAAGUGGAGGAGGAGAUGGCCACUUGGGGCUCUCAGAAGUUUCACUUGUACGGCAUUCUAACUGGUUCAAACAGGGAGACAAGGUUAAAGGCUAUUCCCUCUCCUAUAGCCGGCUCCAAGGAAGACUCUGUCUCUCCAUCACCUUCUUUUUCAAAGAACAAAUUUAGCAGUUCCUCUACAUCAGAAUGGAUGUUCAACAGGACUCUGUCCAGCAUCAUCAGGAGGAAUGUUUUAAGGUUCUUGGAUGCUGAGAGAGACAUCUCUAUCCUGAAAAGCACCUUCAAGCCUGGAGAUGUCAUCCAUUACAUUUUUGACCGUCAGAGCACCACAAACAUCUCAGAGAACCUGUACCGCCUUCUACCCACAGCAUCCCCCAUGAAAAACCAGCACUACGAACAGUGUGCAAUUGUAGGGAAUUCUGGGAUACUGCUGAACAGCAGCUGCGGAGCAGAGAUUGACUCUUAUGACUUUGUGAUCAGGUGUAACCUGGCCCCUGUGGAGGAGUAUGCAGAGGACGUAGGCCUUCGCACCAACUUGGUGACCAUGAACCCAUCAGUGGUACAGCGUGCCUUCCAGGACCUGAAUAGUGAGGAGUGGAGGCAGCGUUUCGUGCAGCGGCUGCAGGCUCUCAGCGGCAGCGUACUCUGGAUCCCUGCCUUCAUGGCUAAAGGCGGAGAGGAGAGAGUAGAGUGGGCCGUCCGCCUCAUCCUCUCACACACAGUCAAUGUGCACACUGCCUUCCCUUCCCUGCGACUUCUCCAUGCUGUUAGAGGGUACUGGCUGACCAACAACGUCCAGAUCAAGCGGCCCACCACCGGCCUCCUUAUGUACACCAUGGCCACCCGCUUCUGUGACGAGAUCCACCUCUACGGUUUCUGGCCUUUCCCUCGCGACUCCGAAGGCAAACCGGUCAAGUACCAUUACUAUGACACGUUGACUUACCAGUACACAUCAAGCAGCAGCCCCCACACCAUGCCCCUGGAGUUUAGGACCUUGAGCAUGCUACACAGGAAGGGGGCCCUGCAGCUACACACAGGAACCUGCAAGCCCCCCACCUGAUCAUCGGAAGCUGUUGUGGACUGUGUUUGAGGUAAAUAAACACUAUGAAUGACCAUUUAAAAUCACCUGGGAUGUGGUUUGGAAAGAGGUGGCACUCUGGGUGUUGAAGAAAGAGCCUGUUGAUAAGUUGCUCAUACUGAAUGUGUCAGGCUUCAGGGAAAGUGCUGCUUGGCUGUAUCUGAGAAUGCACAGUAUGUAACAUAAGGGAAAUGGUUGUAAAGGUCAGCUGAACUGCUGAAAAGGUCU